CUGCAACAGAAAAGAUGGACAGCCGAGUUCUGUGUUGACAUCACAAGAGCCUUCAUGUAGUCAUUCUGUACUUCUACCUUAAUAUCUAUAAUAGCACACAGACUUUAACUUUAAUUUCUGAUGAGAACAGCUGAUCAGCAUUUCAUGACGUCAAUAGCAACAUAUUACUGCCGCCUUUUCAUUAUAACCAGUUGAGGAGUUGUCUGAUAGUCAGCAAAUAUUUAACCUAAGGACGGAGAGAGACAUUACCACCUCACCCGUUGUGUGUUGUGAACCUUGUCCAUCCACGGUGUCUCAGUCUGAGCAGCCCAAAACACAGUCAAGACUCCAUGUGGUCCUCUGGAGGCAACCAGGAUGGAGUGGAGUUUCCACGUUUUACCUUCAACCCAAAGGAAGGGAUCGAUAAUCCAGCUCUGGUCAUCGCUGAUGAUCCUGAGCCUGAUCCAAGGCUGGAGCCCAAAAUGUGUCACCUGAAGCGUUUGGAAGGUCAGAGGUUUGGUUUUCAUCUGCAUGUUGACCCAAGGUGCAGGGAGUUUGAGAUCAGAGAUGUGGAGCCUUUGAGUCCUGCAGAGUACAGUGGCAUCAGAGAUGGAGACCGAUUGCUGGAGGUGAAUGAGGAAUAUGUAGGCAACAUGAAUUUUUAUAGGGUUGUAAGGAGGAUCCAGUCAUGUGGCUUCCACCUGUUUCUCCUGGUGCUGAGGAAAGAGCAGUAUGAAGAGGCUGAGUCUAUGGGUGUAGACCUCCACACACUCGCCAAAACCACCAAAGGAGACCAGUGGUCUCGACCAAGACUGUGUCACAUCAAAAGGGACCCGGAGCAUGGUCUGGGGAUGACCGUUACCCCGAUAAAUGAUGGUGUGGGUGUGUCACCAGGUCAGAGGGGCUGCUACAUGGUGAGCACAGUCACUGAUGGGCCAGCAGAAAACGCUGGUGUCUGCACCGGAGACAUGCUGAUCUGGAUCAACGGAGUCUCCGUGUCAAUCCUCACACAUGGCACUCUCUGCAGAACACUGAAGAAGAGUGAAGGCUCAGUCACAGUGCUGGUUAUUGACAGACACAGUCAUUCUUGCUACGUCAGGCGGAGGGUCCCCAUCCUUCCUGUGAUGGCAGAAAGCUCCAGCCUCCCCUACGCCACCAAGACCAUGCAUCUGGAGAAGAGACAGGAUGGCUUUGGCUUCCUGCUGAGACGGGAGAGAUUGGGAGUUCCGCUAAAGAUAGCUCACGUGCUGAGGGAGGUGGAUGUGGGGAGUGCAGCAGAAGCAGCAGGCAUGGAGGAUGGAGACCUUCUGCUUGCUGUGAACGGAGAACCAGUUGAGUCCAAGGAGCACGAGGAUGUGGUUGUAAUGAUUAGAAACAGUGGUGGAAAAGUCACCCUCACAUCUAUAUGUAUGCAAGGAUUAAGAUUUUACAAAAACCUGGGCAUUUCUCCCCUCUUGUUCCAUGAAGUGUGUCCUCUCCACAAAACGCCCAAUGAAGACUCUCCAGGUAAAACCAUCAGGCAUGGUCAGGACGCUGAAAACAUACGUCCAGAUUACCCCUCAGUCUGGGAUCAAGGUUGUUCAGAAGACUCAGUGGCACAGGUUAUUGCUCUUUGACCCUUCGCCUGGAUGGAGACCACGCUGUCGCAAAAAAUCAGCCAGAAUGCACAAGGUCCUAUGUUUUAUAUCCGGGUAAUAGUGCACAUUCACACAACGCUGGGGGGCAAAAGGACCAUCUGCAGCUGCUGUCCAGAGCGGUUUCUCCAUGCUAAUAAAAUAAAACCUGGGGAUGUAAAUACUAGGAUUUUAGAUCGUCGAACACAUCUUUGUGCAGAUGAUCAAUCUGAUCUUGAUACAGUGGGUACGGAACGUUUUCAGACCCCCGUCAAUUUUUCACACUUCAUUACAUUGCAGCCAUUUGCAAAAAUCAAUAAAAUUCAUUUUUUUCCUCAUUCAAGUAUACACAGCACCCCAUAAUGACAGAAAGCACUGAAUUUUAUAAAUUUCUGCAGUUAAUAAAAACAAAAACUCAUUGUUCCCUCGAUUGCAACCAGUCAUCCUGUUCCUGCAGCUGAAAUACACCCCCACAGCAUGAUGCUGCCACCGCCAUGCUUCACUGUAGGGACUGUAUUGGACAAAUGAUGAGCAGUGCCAGGUUUUCUCCACACACUUCUCUUAGAAUUAAGGCCAAAAAGUUCUAUAUUGGUCUCAUCAGACCAGAGAAUCUUAUUUCUCACCAUCUCGGGGUCCUUCAGGUUAGGGUUAGGGUUGGCAGGCUUUCGUGUGUCUUUCACUGAGGAGAGGCUUCCGAUGGGCCACUCUGCCAUACAGCCCUGACUGGUGGAGGGCUGCAAUGAUGGUUGACUUUCUACAGCUUUCUCCCAUCUCCUGACUGCAUCUCUGGAGCUCAGCCACAGUGAUCUUUGGGUUUUUCUUAGCCUCACUCACCAAGGCUCUUACCCACCUGUAGCUCAGUUUGGCUGGACGGCCUACUCUAGGAUGGGUUCUGGUCAUUCCAAGCAUCUUCCAUUUAAGGAUUAUGGAGACCACUGUGCUCUUAGGAACCUUUAGUGCAGCAGAGAUGUUUUUGUAACCUUGGUCAGAUCUGUGCCUUGCCAUAAUUCUGUCUCUGAGCUCCUCAGGCAGUUCCUUAGACCUCAUGAUUCUCACCUGCUCUGACAUGCAUUUUGAGCUGUAAGGUCUUCUAUAGACAGGUGUGUGGCUGUGCCAAUCAAGUCCAGUCAGUAUGAUCAAACACAGCUGGACUCCAGUGAAGGUGUAGGACCAUCUCAAGGAUGAUCAGAAGAAACAGAAAUCAUCUGAGUUAAAUAUAUAUGUUACAGCAAAGGUUCUUAGGACCGUGUGAUAUUUCAGUUGGUCUUAUUUAAUGAAUCUGCUGUGUGUGUACAUUAAUGAGGAAAACGUGAAUUUAACUGAUUUUAGCAAAUGGCUGCAAUAUAACAGUUAUACUGAAAGAUGGAUGUGUCUGAGUACUUUCCGUACCCCUGUGUGUGAGGCAGAUACUUUACUUUUUGAUUCUGUCAUGAGACCUUGGCUACAACAAACUCGCUUCAUGACCAUUGACUUUUGUCUUCUGCGUGUUUUAUCAGCUGGAAACCAGUACAUUCUUAAGUUGCUGCCCUUCUGUCAGAGCCAUAUUUAGGGCCCUAUGUUGCCAAACUACAGUGGAACCAUUAUAAAGUAUUGCUACUCUGACUUCAGUAAAGUUAUUGUAUGCUCUA